UGAGACCUGGCGCCCCUCCGCCCUCAGUGUCUGCGGCUGUGGCUUCAGUCAGUUAGCUGCUAGCUGCUAGCUGCUUCUGCUCGGUGGACGUGAAACUACCGACCGGACACUGACGUGAACACACGGACCGGAAACUGACGGGAACACACGGACCGGACACUGACCGUGAACACACGGACCGGUAACCGACACGAGACACGCAGCUGCCGCGCGCGGGCCCGCGCCUCUCGGAAGGACUGCAGUGGAACUGUAAACUGACUCCAGCGUUGUCCCUCCGCCCGUCCGUCCGUCACUGCUCCCACCACUCUCCUCCGUCCAUCCACCCGCCGCUCCUCCACUUCUCAACAUGGCGUCUAUGUUUCUACUCUGGCAGCGCCACUGAUCUCCACCCUGGACUACCACCAUGGAGAGAAAACGCAGAAAGAAAUUAAUCUAGCUGCUCAGGCCGUUUGCAGUAUGGACUCAUUUUUGGAGCUUUGGACCUGAACCUCCCCUUCCUCCCCCCUCCGACCCUGAACCAGAUUUUAGCUGCUUAUUUCACACCUGCUGCUCGACUUCUAAAGGCCCGCCCCAGUCAAAAGAAGAGUUUUCACUACUUCACGGUCCAAAAUGCUCGUGCUUCCUGUGUGGGCGUCCAUGCUUCUGGGGCUGCUGGUGGGCUUCCUGCCUUUGGUGGGGAUGGAGCCUACGGGAGGAGCCAAAUCCGGCUCCAGUGGCCACGCCACCAACCAAGAGCCCCUCCCUUCGUCAUCUGGCUCCAACUGCUCAGAGUUAACCCUCAAACUGGAGUUCUCCUCCAAGGUGGUGGAACAUGAGUACAUUAUAGGAUUCACGGGGUAUUUCUCGGCCAAAGCUCGCCGCCUGUACAUCAGCAGCGCCCUGCGGAACGCCGGCGACGGAGCGCUGCUGGAGUGGCACAUCGUUCCCAGAGAAAACCCGGCCUCCGACUUCCCCAGCGACUUCGAGCUGGUGCACAUCCGUCAAGCUUCGCCCAGCAGCCUGCUGACCUUAGAGGACCACCCUUACAUCAAGAGGGUGACGCCGCAGCGCAAAGUGUUCCGCAUGCUCAAAUACGUCCCCUCGCCCGAACCCACCGCGCCCUGCAACGCCACCCGCGGGACGCAAAAAUGGCAGUCGUGGCAGUCGUCCCGCCCUUUCCGACGAACCAGCCUGUCGCUGGGCUCGGGCUUCUGGCACGCCACCGGCCGCCACUCCAGCCGCCGUCUUCUGAGGGCCAUCCCCCGCCACGUCGCCCAGAUCCUGCAGGCGGACGUCCUCUGGCAGAUGGGACACACCGGUUCUGGUGUGAAGGUGGCUGUGUUUGACACAGGACUGAGUGAGAAACACCCACACUUCAAGAACGUAAAGGAAAGAACCAACUGGACCAAUGAGAAGACACUGGACGAUGGUCUCGGUCACGGUACGUUUGUAGCAGGAGUGAUUGCGAGUAUGAGGGAGUGUCAGGGCUUUGCCCCCGACUCAGAGCUGCACAUCUUCAGAGUGUUCACCAACAACCAGGUAUCGUACACAUCGUGGUUCCUCGACGCUUUCAACUACGCCAUCCUGAAAAAGAUCGACGUUCUCAACCUCAGCAUCGGCGGGCCUGACUUCAUGGACCAUCCCUUUGUUGAUAAGGUGUGGGAGCUCACUGCCAACAGAGUGAUCAUGGUCUCUGCUAUCGGCAACGAUGGACCUCUGUAUGGCACCCUGAACAACCCCGCGGACCAGAUGGACGUGAUCGGGGUCGGAGGGAUCGACUUCGAGGACAACAUCGCUCGCUUUUCCUCCAGAGGCAUGACCACCUGGGAGCUGCCGGGCGGUUACGGUCGAGUGAAGCCAGACAUCGUCACGUACGGCUCCGGCGUUCGGGGAUCGGGGAUGAAGGAGGGUUGUCGCUCUCUGUCUGGCACCAGCGUGGCCUCUCCCGUGGUGGCUGGCGCCGUUACUCUACUGGCCAGCACCGUCCUCAACAGGGAGUUGGUGAACCCGGCAUCCAUGAAGCAGGCUCUGAUCGCCUCGGCCCGCAGGCUGCCCGGCGUCAACAUGUUUGAGCAGGGCCACGGGAAACUGGACCUCAUCCGAGCCUAUCAGAUCCUCAACAGUUACAGACCUCAGGCCAGUCUCUCUCCGAGCUACAUCGACCUGACCGAGUGUCCGUACAUGUGGCCUUACUGCUCUCAGCCCAUCUACUACGGAGGGAUGCCCACCAUCGUCAACGUGACCAUUCUCAACGGCAUGGGCGUCACGGGCAGGAUCGUCGACAAGCCCAUCUGGCAGCCCUACCUCCCCCAGAACGGAGACCACAUCGACGUGGCGGUCUCUUACUCGCCGGUGCUUUGGCCGUGGGCUGGUUACCUGGCCGUGUCCAUCUCCGUGGCCAAGAAGGCGGCGUCGUGGGAAGGGAUCGCUCAAGGUCACGUGAUGGUCACGGUGGCGUCGCCCGCAGAGAAUGAUUCCGAAGUGGGCGGCGAGCUGACCUCGACGGUCAAACUGCCCAUCAAGGUGAAGAUCGUGCCAACUCCCCCGCGAAGUAAGAGGGUGCUGUGGGACCAGUACCACAACCUGCGCUACCCGCCGGGCUACUUUCCCCGAGACAACCUCCGCAUGAAGAACGACCCACUGGACUGGAACGGAGACCACAUCCACACCAACUUCAGGGACAUGUACCAGCACCUGAGGAGCAUGGGAUACUUUGUCGAGGUGCUCGGAGCCCCCAUCACCUGCUUCGACGCCAGCCAGUAUGGCACGCUGCUCAUGGUGGACAGCGAGGAGGAGUACUUCCCCGAAGAGAUCACCAAGCUGAGGAGAGACAUCGACAACGGCCUGUCUCUCAUCGUCUUCAGCGACUGGUACAACACGUCGGUCAUGAGGAAGGUCAAAUUCUACGACGAAAACACCAGGCAGUGGUGGAUGCCGGACACAGGGGGCGCCAACGUUCCAGCUCUGAACGACCUGAUCUCAGUGUGGGGGAUGGCUUUCAGCGACGGGCUGUACGAGGGAGACUUCACCUUGGCCGACCACGACAUGUACUACGCCUCAGGCUGCAGCAUCGCCCGUUUCCCAGAGGACGGGAUCGUGAUCGCCAAGAAUCUAAAGGACCAAGGUCUGGAAGUGUUAAAACAGGAGACGGCGGUGGUGGAGGGGGUUCCCAUACUCGGGCUGUACCAAACGCCGUCAGACGGGGGAGGUCGCAUCGCGUUGUACGGCGACUCGAACUGCAUCGACGACUCGCACAGACAGAAAGACUGUUUCUGGCUGCUCGACGCUCUCCUUCAGUACACCUCCUACAGUAUGACCCCGCCCAGCCUCAGCCACUCCCACAGCAGGGUGGCACCGCCCACGGGCACCGAGCGCCAGCUGCCCCAGAGGCUGGAAGGAAACCAUCUUUAUCGCUACUCCAAGGUGCUAGAGGCUCACCUGGGAGACCCGAAGCCCCGCCCACUACCUGCCUGCCCCCACCUGUCUUGGGCGAAGCCACAGCCGGUCAACGAGACCGCACCCAGUAACCUGUGGAAGCACCAGAAGCUUCUCUCGGUGGACCUGGACAAAGUGGCUCUCCCUAACGUGCGGGCUUACCGUCCCCAGGUCAGACCUCUGUCUCCCGGGGAGAGCGGCGCCUGGGACAUCCCUGGAGGGAUAAUGCCCGGGCGCUACAACCAAGAAGUGGGCCAGACCAUCCCCGUGUUCGCCUUCCUGGGGGCGAUGGUGGUCCUGUCGUUUUUCGUGGUCCAGCUCACGAAGGCCAAGAGCAAACCCAAGCGCAGGAAACCUCGCAUCAAGCGGCCCACGUACCUCCAGCAGCAGCAGACCACGACGACGGGGAAGAACCCCACAGUUUGAGCGGGACGGAGCUGCUGGUGGAGGUGGAGCUCGGUUUAACCUCCCAAAGUGAGACGCUGUUAAAGGGACAACUUGUGUUGAGCAGCGACUUCAGAGUCCGACGUCUGACAGUCGGCGAACACGAGGCGGCCGGACGCAAACACACCUCGUUUUUUUGUUUUCGUGCCUCUCGUGGGUGUUUUGUGUGUUUGUGGACUAAUGAACAGUGUUACACACACGACAUGAAGCACACCACACACACACCCGACCGAAAAAAGCAAAACAAACACGCCUGAGACAGACGUGUUGUCUCUGACAUUUCCCUCCUCUCUGACCAAACGGUUUCUUCAUGAAUGAAAUGUGUCUGACUUUUUCUAUUUAUUGAAUUUGUUCGUACCCUAACACACACACACACACACACACACACACACACACACACAGAAAUACAGUACAAAUAGACCCACACACACACUCAGAUGUUUCCAACACGAGGACCAUGUGACGACCUCCUCCUCUUUUCAUUGUUUUUAUAUUUUCUAUGAAGUCCAGGCGUUCUGUUCAUCUCCUCCUCCAUGAUGAUCGACAGACUUGUUCAAAUAUAUCUCAAUUAAAAAAGCAUAUUCAAAAA